AUGGAUCCCAAUUAUCCCAACUCGGCCCUCUGGAGCGGCCAGGCGCCCUCCCCUGAGAAGUCGAGCUCGCUCCUGAUCCGCGAAUACCCUCACCGAGCCAUUGCCAUUGUCUCCAACGACCACGCCCUCAUCUUCCGUCACAGCCCCACCACCAGCGAAUCCAUCGCCAAUGGCUCCCUCUCCUCCAUCCCUUCUGCUCGGCCCCGCGCCGGCACCGGCAUGAGCGCAACCGACGGCGUUGCCUCGAAAUGCAUGGUCGAAUUCACCCAGAUUACCAAGAACACCUUGAGCGACUACCGACCCCUGACACCACGGCCGAUAUAUGGGACACUUGGGCUGAUAUCCGUCGGCCGCGAUGUCUUCCUCUGCGUCAUUACACACGCAUCGCGCGUCUCCACCUUGCGUCCCGGAGAGACCAUCGAACGGAUCCUGGCCGUCGAGUUCUACGGCCUCAACACCUCCGAGUACGACGAUGUGUUCACAGCCAUCGACCCCUACGAGCUUGAGAUGUCGGAUGCCGCAGCCACGUACGGGCAGCCGCUCACCAGGAGGGAAGGCGUCGAACACCCUUGCGUCGAUGUACAGAAGCUCCUGAGCAAUGGGAGCUUCUACUACAGCACCGAUUUCGACCUGACCAACCGGCUGCAGGACAGGCCUGCGGAUGCGAAUACAUUCGACAUCGACAAUUUUGAUGAGGGCUUCCUGUGGAACUCGUACAUGAUCAGUCCUCUCGUACAGUUUCGAUCGCGGCUGAUGCCUCACGAAAGGGAGACUCUUGACGCAUCACGAAUUUUGACUUCGGCUAUCAGGGGAUUUUGCCUGACAAUCAACAUCCCUCAACUAGUGGCGCCUUUGAAGCCCGCAAGGUCGGGCAUGCCGUCCUAUUUAACUGUAAUAUCACGCCUUUCAUGCCUUCGAGCUGGAACCCGCUUCAACUCGAGAGGCAUAGACGACGAUGGAAAUGUGGCCAACUUUGUGGAGACAGAGACGAUUUAUUGGAGCCCGUCGGGUGUCCUGUUCUCGUACGCGCAGGUUCGCGGUUCUGUGCCUGUGUUCUGGGAGCAGGCUGCUGGGCUGCUGCCCGGUCAGCAGAAGAUCACCAUAACGAGAUCACCUGACGGCACCCAGCCGGCUUUUAAUAAGCAUUUUCAAGACCUCGAGCACAAUUACGGCGCUGUCCAUGUCGUCAAUCUGCUGAGCGAGUCGAAGCCCGGCGAAGUCGAGCUCAGCCAGCUCUACCGUAAUGGCAUAAUGCAUUGCCCUCUGAGUCGCACGGGUGAAAAGCGUUCCAAUGAGCACGCACUCCUGAGGGCGACGGAAUACGACUUUCAUGCCGAAACCAAGGGGCCGACGGGCUAUGAGGCCGCUAGGGGAAUACGCCGGUACAUUGAGGGCUCAGCAGAUGGCUUUGCCUACUACCUCGCCGAGGAGACAGAUUCCCCGGGUGAGACCGUGAAUGGAACAGCUCACGUUAAUCGGCGCUAUGUGGUUGUGCUCCAACAGGAAGGCGUCUUCAGAACAAAUUGUCUCGACUGCCUUGACCGCACGAAUCUGAUACAAACCCUCGUGUCCCAAAUGGCUGUCGAGUCGUUCCUCGGCCACCGCGGAGAGCAUGCCUCCUCGGACUUCUGGAUGAGACAUUCGAACCUGUGGGCCGACAAUGGUGACGCGCUGUCACGGAUUUACGCUGGCACUGGAGCUCUGAAGUCCUCCUUUACCCGGCAUGGGAAGAUGUCUUUGGCUGGUGCCAUAGCUGAUGCGCGGAAGUCAGCAACCAGGUUGUAUAUCAACAAUUUCACAGAUAAGCAGCGGCAAAAUACCAUCGACACGUUGUUGGGCAGGCUCGUGGGCCAGUCACCUGUAUCCCUUUACGACCCCAUCAACGACUACGUCAACGCCGAGCUCAACAAGCGGAGUGCACAGUUCUCUUCGACGGAGAACAUCAGAAUCUUGGUCGGCACAUUCAACCUCAACGGACGCACUAACGGCAUCGAUGAGGACCUGUCUGCGUGGCUCUGCCCGGAAGAGAUUGGGGACACACAACCUGAGAUCGUUGUGGUUGGGUUCCAAGAGAUUGUGGAGCUGAGCCCUCAGCAAAUCAUGAACAGCGAUCCCACUAGGAAGCAACUCUGGGAGCAAGCUGUGCGGGCAUGUCUGAAUACCCGAGCUCAAAAAAUCGGCGGCGAGAAAUAUGUUGUAUUGCGAAGUGGACAGCUUGUUGGUGCGGCAUUGUGCAUAUUUGUGAGACAGUCCGUCCUCUCCAACAUCAAGAACGUCGAGGGCUCUGUGAAGAAGACAGGAAUGUCCGGCAUGGCUGGCAACAAAGGGGCAGUAGCCAUCAGGCUGGAUUACGCGAACACUCAAAUAUGUUUCGUCACUGCUCACUUGGCGGCCGGCUUUGCCAAUUACGACGAGAGGAACAAGGACUACGCCACGAUAAGCAACGGACUGCGGUUCCAACGUAACAGGAGCAUCGAAGAUCACGACACCGUCAUCUGGCUCGGUGAUUUCAAUUAUCGAGUUGGAUUAGGAUGGGAGACAGCUAUGGAACUGGUUCAAAGGCGCGACUUGGAGCGACUCUACGAAAAUGACCAGCUGAACCUCCAAAUGGUGGCUGGCCUAUCAUUUCCCUUUUACUCGGAAGCAAGGAUCACGUUCAUGCCUACAUACAAAUUCGACAUUGGGACGGAUACAUAUGACUCCUCUGAAAAGGCUCGUAUCCCAGCGUGGACGGAUCGCAUCCUGCGCAAGGGCCCCAACCUCCGGCAGCUGGCAUACAAUUGUGCACCACUCAGAUUCUCGGAUCACCGGCCGGUUUAUGCCCUCUUCGACUGCAACGUGAGCAUCAUUGACGAGCCGCAUCGAGAUAAGAUCAGCCGUGAGAUCUACCUUAAAAGAAAGGCAGAGGUGGGGGAUGCCACGGCAAAUGUCAAUACCGAAGAUACAGAAGAUGAGGACCUCAUUGGCUACGAUGCUAUAGAACCUGGACUUCCUCCAGCCAGUUCUGAUCGCCAGAAAUGGUGGCUGGACAACGGCAAACUCGCACAGUCCUCAAUCACGCCUCCAAAAGCCAUGGAUGGCUCGACGUCGACGAUUCUAAAUCCCAGCCGACACCCGAACCCAUUUGUACCAUCGGACGAGCCCGACUGGGUCACAGUUCCGCGCGCGGACUCCAGGCUGUCAUCCUUUUCCAGUAUAUCUACGUCGCCCUACGAACAUAUCAACCACUCUACCUUGCUGGCUUCUUCUGUUUCGAGCACCCCUCCGCAGAGGAAACUGCCCCCUCCUUACGACCCAUCAGCCCUACCCGCAAAAGUAGGAAGAAUUGCCCUAAACGAAGAACAGCACCCACUACAAUUCAAGAAGUUAGCCACACCACCAUUACCUCCACCGGCUAGAAAGCCGUUGACCCAGACGCCGUCAUUUCCUCCGCCACCUAAUCAGACUCCUGUUCCUGGUAUCACCAAUCAAGUGAGGAGACAGGCGCCGGUGCCACCACCUCCCCGAUCCGCUUCGAUAAUCUCUGCGUCUUCACAGAAGACAGCUAAAGGCCCGCCGCCGGUUGCCAGGAAACCAGCACACCUUCUCUCUACCUCACCGACUGGGCUAGACUCAGAGACCUCGCCCUCUACUGAAACCAAAGCCAAGCCCAUACCGCCCCGACGGCCCUCGAGCAGCGUGCAGAAUGUGUCCCGCGCAGCGAUACGUGACAGUCUGCACCGCACUGCGUCGGCAAGGGAGACUUACAACCGCAAUCAGGAGCAACCGCCAAUGCCUCCGCCUCGUCGGGCGGGCACUGCUUCUGUAGCAAAUGCAGCACCUGGUUGGGCUCCGCCUGGCGCUGUAGGCCUGGUUGGACUGUCAAAGGACGGCCGCCCAACAAUUCCGCCGAGGAAGCCGGUAGGAUCGGGCACACCUUCACCGACCAGCUCGUCAGGUCGAUCACCACCUAUACCUGCUCCAAAGAAGCCUGUUCUGAAUGGCCGGAGUCCUGUGGUGGAUCUGCUAGGUGACGACGGCGCCGCUGUUGGAGGCUGGGAAGCCCUGAAGCCAUCUUAG